AUGAAUCAAUAAUCAUUGCCUUAAUUGCAAAGAUUCAAACAAAUUGCUCAGACACCCGAUGAAAAUUCGAAAAGAGCAGAUGAAGUGACUCGAUUGAAGUAAUAGGUUGCUCAAUUACAAAAAUAGAUUGAAUUUGUACAAUAGAACAAAUCAUUCGUUAUGAAAAUUCAAAAUCAGUAAUGCACACUCUGUCUCAGAUAUAAAACCUAAAUUGAAUAACUACUCAAGCAGGAAAAAUAGAUCAAGAAAUAAUACGAAUUUAAAAUUGAAGAAUUGUCUUAAGGUUAAAACCAAUCAAUUUCAAAGUAAAAACCUUCCCAAACUUCACAAACUGACAAGGUUCCUACUUUGGAUAAAGAGAUUUAAGUUGAAUUGUUGAUUGAAUCACAACCCCAAUAAAAUUAAAUUGAUAAUCUCAAACAAUCGCCUUUGGUGAAAUAAUACGAAGAAAUAAUCAUAGAUUUUCAUAAAGAUUACCAAAACAAAGUCUAUUAAGUGUUAUAAUAUAAAGAGUUAUAUGAAAAGUAGAAAUAGCAAUAUGAGCAAUUCAAAUCCUAACAUACAAAUUGUAAUGAGAAGAUUCAUAAAUUACAAAUUGAAGUAAGCCUACUUAAGGAUACUUCCAAUCAAUACAAAUUGCCCGAUAACAUUAUGAAUCUUAAAAGAUCGAUUGAUUGCACAAUAGAAUAGAAUAAGAUGAAUUAAAUUGUGAUGAAGACUCAGGAGGGUGAUUCUUCAAUAAAGAUAUAGAGACUGAUCUCUAUGUCAGUCUAAGAUGCUCAAAAUGCAAAGAGUUGCUUAUAAAUCCAUUCACUUUUGUGCCUUGUUUUCAUAGUGUUUGCCAAAGAUGUCAUUGCAAUAAGUGUGAAAGAUGCUAAAAAGAUGCUACUUCUUUUAGAAAUCUGA